AUGGCGAUACUUCUCCCUGCUACCUUCAUGUACUGCAGACAAUUGCGAAGGAAGCGCACCCACGACCGAAGACUGUUGGGCAGGAUAGUGGCGAUUCAUCUCGAAAUUGACUCCCAUGUCAAAAGACGCAGGUGGUAUAGAUCCCAGAAACAGUCGGAAUCUGCUCAGCCAAAACAAAAGCGCAUUGUCCUGAGCAAGAAGGUCAGCUUCGUUCCCGACGACAUUCAUAUCGACUUCAGCCAACUGGAAUUGGGAGAAACUCUCGGACGAGGUGCAUUUGGACGUGUACUGAAAGCUGUUCUACACGACACGUCAGGGGAAGAUCAGAUUGUGGCAGUGAAGACAGUGCAAGACACCUCGGACACGAAAAAUGUGGUGAAGUUCCUGGAGGAAAGCCUGAUCAUGAAAACCUUCGACCAUGUCAACGUACUGGGGCUUCUGGGGUUGACCUUUGACGCUGACGAAAAACCCUUGAUGGUGAUACCCUUCAUGGCAAACGGUGACCUCAAGACAUAUCUGGUCAAGAAGAAACAGACCUUGGCGACAUCUCUGCUGAUGAGGUUUGCCUCACAUGCCGCACUUGGUAUGAGUUACUUGGCUCAGCACAAGUUUGUCCACAGAGAUCUUGCGGCCAGAAAUUGCAUGGUGGAUAGCGAUCUUCUGGUGAAGAUAGCGGAUUUUGGACUGUCCCGUGACAUGCACGAAUCGGAUUACUACACAAGCGGCGAUGCCCAGGCUAAGCUGCCUAUCAAAUGGAUGGCUCCCGAGUCCAUGGAACGUCGAGUGUACAACGCCAGGACUGACGUGUGGUCAUACGGUGUGCUCCUGUGGGAGAUUUUCAGUAAGGGUGCAAGACCGUAUCCAGGAAUACCCCUCCAAGAUGUGUAUAUUUUCUUGAAGAGUGGUCAACGCAUGGAUGCUCCCAAGAACUGCCCGCCAGAAAUCUACGGCAUAAUGGUACGUUGCUGGCAGGACAACCCCAAGUCACGUUGCACCUUUGUCCAAGUUGCCAACGAGCUGGAAGAACUGUUGGAGGGAGACCGUGACUACGUAGCAGCUUCUAGUGCGGGUGUGGUUGGUAAGCGACCCAUCGAACAUCGCGAAGAACCUGGUGUCACAGACGACAGCUAUCUGGUCCCGAUGCAGCAGGAGACCGCCUUUGGUGCUGACGGCCCGUGUAGUGACGGAGAAACCAGCGGGAGCCAUGCAAACGCCGCCCGUGAUCCCUUGGAUUAUGUCAAUAAAAUUGUCAUUAGAUAAGUGACGUGCA